ACAUAAAGAAAUCUAAACUCUCCGCGGCUCUGUUAAUGUUGGCGGGAGCCGGCGGGCGACCUGUCCGGUGUUCUCUGCUGUUCGGCCCGGGCUGCAGGUGCUCGAGGGUGUUGCAGUGGAGUUCCGCGGCCCAACGUCACGAUGCGGGUGGCUGUGGCCGGCUGCUGCCACGGCGAGCUGGAUAAGAUCUACGAGACUCUGGCGCUGGCGGAGCGGCGCGGCCCGGGACCAGUGGAUCUCCUUCUGUGCUGCGGCGACUUCCAGGCGGUGCGCAACGAGGCCGACCUGCGCUGCAUGGCCGUGCCGCCCAAGUACCGCCACAUGCAGACCUUCUACAGAUAUUACUCUGGAGAGAAAAAGGCUCCGGUUCUCACCAUCUUCAUUGGAGGAAACCAUGAAGCCUCAAAUCAUUUGCAAGAGUUACCCUAUGGUGGGUGGGUAGCACCAAAUAUUUACUACUUAGGUCAUUUUGAGUACCCCCCUUAUAAUUCAUCUACCAUAAGGAGUAUUUAUCAUGUGAGAAAUAUAGAAGUCUACAAAUUAAAACAGUUAAAGCAGCCUGUACAUAUAUUCUUAUCUCAUGAUUGGCCAAGAAAUAUAUAUCAUUAUGGAGAUAAGAAGCAGCUUCUUAAGACCAAAUCUUUUUUCCGCCAAGAAGUGGAGAACAGCACACUAGGGAGUCCCGCGGCCUCGGAGCUGCUGGAGCACCUGAAGCCUGCGUACUGGUUCUCAGCGCACCUUCAUGUGAAGUUUGCAGCCUUGAUGCAGCACCAGGCCACAGAUAAAGAACAAGCAGGCAAAGAAACCAGAUUUUUAGCCUUGGACAAGUGCUUGCCACACAGAGACUUUCUUCAGGUGUUAGAGAUAGAACAUGACCCCAGUGCUCCUGGGUACUUAGAGUAUGAUGCUGAAUGGCUUACUGUCCUCAGGGCCACUGAUGACCUCAUUAAUGUGACUGGGGGCCUGUGGAAUAUGCCUGAAGACAAUGGUCUGCAUACAAGGUGGGAUUAUAGUGCAACCGAAGAAGCUAUGAAAGAAGUAAUGGAAAAAUUGAACCAUGACCCAAAAGUCCCCUGUAACUUCAGCAUGACAGCUGCUUGUUAUGAUCCUAGUAAGCCGCAGACACAAGUGCAGCUGGUUCACAGGAUCAAUCCACAGACUACUGAAUUCUGUGCCCAGCUUGGCAUCACAGACAUUAAUGUCAUGAUUCAGAAGGCCAAGGAAGAACAUCAUCUGUGUGGUGAAUAUGAACAGCAGGGUGAUCUGGGGACUGAUGAGUCUGAAGAGGACCGGAGUGAAUACAACACAGACACAUCUGCCCUGUCCUCCAUUAAUCCAGAUGAAAUAAUGUUGGAGGAGGAGGAGGAGGAGGAGGAGGAGGAGGAGGAGGAGGAGGAGGAGGAAGAAGCUGCAAGUGCUCACAGUGACAUGAAUACACCUUCUGUGGAGCCUUCUUCUGAUCAAGCUUCUGACCUCUCGACAAGCUUUUCUGAUGUCAGGAACUUACCAAGUUCCAUGUUUGUGUCUUCGGAUGAUACAUCCCAUUCUCCAGCUAGUGGGGAAGGGAAAUCUGGUGAAACUGUAGAGUCUGGGGAUGAAAAAGACUUAGCUGAGUUUCCACUGAAGAGGCUGAGUAAUGAACACGAACCUGAACAAAGAAAGAAAAUAAAGAGGAGGAACCAAGCCAUCUAUGCUGCAGUAGAUGAUGAGGAUGCUAAUGAUGAGUAAGACAGGCCUUGACUUUGUGAUAAAUAUAGAUAUGUGAUUUCAAGACCCUAUUUUUAGGGCAAAAUUUCUGAUUUAUGACUGAACUUUGUAAUAAUGAAAUGAUGGAAUUUUGGUUAUAAGCUCUGUAUUUAGGUGUAUGUUUAUAUGAUUCAGAUAUAGACUUAUUAAAAUUUCAUAUGAAAUUUGAUGACCAUUUUUAAGACAUUCACUUCCAUGAAUCUUAAGAAACACUGUUCUCUAAGAUGGGACUAUGAAGAUUUUGUAAAUACAUUAAAUGCCACUUAAUUGCUGAAAUUCUCCUAUUGCCUCUUAUAUAUUACAUUUUAGCUGAAUUUUUAUGUAAUUUUGGUACCUAUAUUCAGGUUAUCUUGGCAUCGUGCAGUUUAAUACUAAAUAAUAUAUUAAUAUAUAAUUAUUCAGUAUUAAUUAAAUCUAACACAAGUGUGUAAAUGCUGUCCAUCCUGCUGCAUGAUAGAUCAAGGGUAGUGAAAUAUUUUCAGAGAUCAUGUGGAACACCUCUUGUCUGGAGUUACAGAACUUGGGCUGCCUGGGGAGAUUGCCCUGGACUUUGGAAGAGGAAUCAUGGUGUCCCAGGGUCCAUUCUCAUUCUGCAGCAGUCCAGAUCCAGGCACUAGUUUAGGGGAGGCCUGAAGUGGCUAGCAUUCAUCUUGUCAGCAUUGACUUCAUAAAGCUAUAAAGCUUGUCGGCUUUGA